UAUCUCUCGUAACAACUCUUAUUACAACUUUUAUCUGCUACUCGUGCAGCUGAAACAUCGCCAUGUCUCUAAUGUUGGCUCUGUUGUUGACACACUGUGUGUACUUUGCUUUUGGAGCAUCAGUCAGCGGUGAUGUAAUGGAGGUGCAAACCGUCUCAGGUGAAGACUGUCCUCUGAGAUGCACCGCUAAAUCUAAGCAGGGGGUGGAGUACAGCGCAGUGAGAUGGUACAAGCAGCUCAACGAUGCUGAGACGCGUCGUCUCCGAGGCCUGAUGACCCGAGACCUUCCCAACGGCACCACCAGGUGGUACACCGGCGUGGGGCGUGAGGUGGAGCUGAUCGGCGACUCCUUCGACAUCGUCCUGCCCAACGUGACCUGCGAUGACACCGGCGUGUACGUGUGUCACCUGGCGGCACCGGUGGGAGAGCAGAACCAGGAGGGGCAGGUUCUCCUCACGCUUGCAGAUUGUUCUAACAGCUCAGAAGAAAUCAUGAUGACUGACACUUUCUUGGUCAUUUUUGCCUCCGUGGUGCUGAUGUGUGCACUCAUCAUUUUCCUUAUAAGCUAUGGAAGCCUGAAAAACAUCGUCCAAGAGAAAACCAAACCGACACAAAAAGAAGUUUUACUGAAUUCACCGCUGAAGCCGCUGGAGAAAAAGGACUUAAAAUUGAUUUACACUUUGGGCCCAAAUGUGUCUAAAAAACCGUCUUUAAAGCACGUAUGUGUCUAAAGAUACAUCGAUGGGAAUAGUCGUGUAUUGAAGAGAGACUUUACGGCCCCUUAAACACCACAACAUGACAACAUGAAAACCUCAACAAAGGACAAGAACCAACUCCUGAACUCACUCAAAGCAAAUGUGGACUCACAGAAGGAUUUUCCUCCCCAGUACAAAACAUCAGCUGGUUCUUGAAUCCUGCAGAGAGUCAACACGAAAGGGGGCCGCCGCCGCUGCCGCUGCUGCCGCUGUCAGGGGACGGCCUCACCUGCUUGGAGGCUCCCUAUUGGUCGAGAGGAGAUGCUGGGCCCUUAAUAGUUUGUU